AUGGCCGACAUCCUAACCCAACUCCAAACCUGCCUCGACCAGCUAGCAACCCAAUUCUACGCGACCCUAGGCUACCUAACAACCUACCACGACAACUCCCCCGCAACCCCACCCCAAGUCCACGACGCUGCCCCAGCUCUCGCAAAAAUCACCAAGAACUCCACCGCCCACCCCGUCCCAGCCAACGUCGCAUCACAAUCCCAAUCCCAAGCCUCACCACCUCCUCCCGGCCAAGCAGGCGGCGGAUCUGCGGCUCCAGAAACACCGGGUGGGAAGGCUGAUGGUGGUGCCGGCGGUGUGGCAGGAGAACCGAACGAUCCACUUGCUCCGGCGCCUGAUCCGCCAAGCACGUUUGCGAGUCGGCAGAGGGAGUUGGCGAGAGAUUUGGUUAUCAAAGAGCAGCAGAUUGAGUACUUGAUUUCUGUGUUGCCGGGAAUUGGGUCGUCGGAGAAGGAGCAGGAGGUUAGGCUUAGGGAGUUGGAAGGGGAGUUGAGGACGGUUGAGGAUGAGAGGGAACGGAAGGUUAGGGAGUUGAGGGUGCUGAGGAGGAAGUUGGAGGGUGUGUUGGGAGGUGUUGAGAAGGGAAUUUAUGGGGAGAGGUGA